AUGAAGAGGGCAAUUUUUCCUCCGUUUUCAAAUUUAUAAACCUUUUCUGUAUAUAUUUGAAGCUCAAUAUCACUCUGCUUUGGGUAUCAUUGCCGGUUUGUUUUCUCUGCCUUCAACAGGUUUUUUAUUACAGUAACAGGUGCCUUUUUCAUGUAAACGCUUGGUAGAACAUGAUGAGGGUUAUGGCGCGCCAGCCAAGGACGGCAGGGGGUGAUCCUAUAUGUAUUUAGUAUACACUAAAACAGUGGAUAGCGUUGUGCGCGCUCUCUAAUUGGCUACUGAAACAUGGGAUAACAAUUGCUAUUGCGCGUAUAAAUUGCAAUCAUUGACGCGAACAAAUGUGUCAAAAAUCAUUAAUUGCUACCUUAUUAUAAUCUGAAAUUUUCGCGACACUGUAAUUUGGCGAAUUUCGCGAUUUUAAUUAAAGUGACGCGAACAUAACAUGACGCGAAAAUUAAGUGAGUAACAAUACAUCAGUUAUAGCUAAUAAUGAAAAAAAAAGUUGACCAAAUAAUGUUUUUAAUCUGUUCUGAGGCAAUUUUCAACGUCUUCUCCCCCCUCAUUGCUACUUUUAAGAUGGGCCCAUCUUGCCCGCUCGGGAUUUUCCGCGUUGAUCAGAAAAGAAAAGAUUUUGUUUUAAACAAGUUUCUGUUUAACAGCUAAAAAUAAGACGAUCGGUGAUGAUACAAACUGGAAAAAAAAAAACGGUUACCAUGUCCUUAGGUUCGCUUCAUAGAGUAAUCGCGCCUCGCACUGCCACAUGUUCCCACAUCGCAUGAUAACAGUAAUUAAUGACGUCUUUGCUUAAAAAAAAGAGCCAUUGGACUCACAUGAUAAAUUAACACAUGCCUGAUAUUCGAACGACAGUUGACCGAUAUACCACCGACAGUUGACCGAUAUACCACCGACAGUUGACCGAUAUACCACCGACAGUUGACUGAUAUACCACCGACAGUUGACCGAUAUAUCACCGACAUAUGACCGAUAGUAAGUCGAGGUGCGUCGUCGAAAUAUCGACCGAUACUCGGCCGAUAGUCUUUCUCACUAUCGACCGACUAUCGACCGACUGUCGACUGACUAUCGACCGCUAUGUCGACCGACUGUCGACCGAGUAUCGACCGACUGUCGACCGACUGUCGACCGACUGUCGACCGACUAGCGACCGAGUAUCGACCGACUGUCGACCUACUAUCGACCGACUGUCGACCGCUAUAUCGACCGCUAUGUCGGCCGCUAUAUCGACCGAUGUCUCGGUCGACAUUACCCACAGUAAACAAGAUCCGAUUUUCGCACCUCCGCGCGCAUUAUGUGUUAUUCAUCUGUUUGCCCUUUUCGAAACUUCCAUAUUCCGUGUAUCUUUACCCAUCUCUCAUUCGGUUUUUUUUCUCUCUAGACUGCUUCAUCAAGCAGGAAGUUCGCCGUGGACCUUAAGUUAAAAUGAGCGAAUUGAAAUUUGUGACACGUUUGCAUUUUGUACCUUUGAGUUCUGAGACGGAGAAUACCGAGACGGAAGCCGCUUAGGUAUCAUAAAUAGCUGUCACUGGUGUUUGAGUUUCUCUUGGAACGGAAGAUCUAGCGAGCAUGACUGUAGCUUGCCUUUAUUUUUUCCAAGGACGAGAGAGAUUGUAAGAAGGAUUUUUAUAGAGUAAUAUCAAAACCUUGAAAACAGAUAAACUGUAGGAGAGCUUUUUCUGAAACCCGAUUAUCCGAACAUGCAGGAAUUUUUUCUAUCUGGGCAACAUCAUCUUUUUUUCCAAAAGCAGAACAUUUAGAUAACAUUUAGAUUUGAUUUUGUGUACUUGUUGUUGUUCUGUAUGGUGGCCGAAUAUGAACGCGCGACAUUGGCGCGUUCGCCAGAUUCGCCACGUGAGAGUGAAUUGCUGCUGUUUACGAUCAUGGUUUUGACAUUUCGUUUGUGAGAGCCGACGUAAAUGUUGGUCCCAACGUCGCUGAUUGAUGUAACACUGUGCUCGUCUUCGUGUAAUUUCAUAUCAGUUUAACUUCCUCGGGUUUGGCGCAUAGAAAUCUUUUAAAUUUUUGAUAUGUUAUAUUUUUCAACAUAACAAAGCAAUAGACGAAAUAAAAAGUUGUUCGAAUGAGUCUUAAGCUAUCUUAAUUCAACUUUAAAAUUCAAAUUUCGCGCUUUUCGCUUUAUUGACCAAUCAGAGCAUUCAGAUUUAAUUUGAUUAGAGAAAUUAGCGCCUGAAAAAUAACUGACGCUAUUGCCGCGGGCUAUUGUUUUUCUGCCUGCUUCUUAGCUGGACCAUUACUUAAUCUUCAAUUUCCAUACCCUCGGUCUAAUUCUGCAAAGCGCACAUUUGCUUACUCUGCUGCCACUCUUUUUAAUUGCCUUGACACUGAUCUUAAGCAAAUAGCGUGUGUAUCGCCUUCUUCUAUCAUUUUUUCAUCUAGUUUGAAUAAUUUUAAGCAUACACUCUUUAUCUUAUUCCUUAAGUUUGCUAGGUAACGUUACUCAUCUUGAAGAAUUAAUGUGUUAUGA